UUCACCUCCGGAAAGAAGAAGGAAGAAAAAAACCCUCCGGAAAGAAGAAGGAAGCUGCCGGGAUGCGCCUCGCCCGCGCGGCCCCUCUGCUCGUCCGCACGGCGGCGACGGCGGCCACCGCCGACCCAGCAGCGGCGCUGAAGGCGGGCGACGCGCUGCGCUCGCGUCCGCGGCGGUUCACGGAGGACGACGUGGCGGCCUACGCGGGGGUGAGCGGCGACCGCAACCCCGUCCACCUGGACGACGCCUUCGCCCGCGGGGCGGGCGGGUUCCAGAGCGGCCGCGUGGUGCACGGCAUGCUCGUCGCCUCCCUCUUCCCAGCCCUCAUCGCCUCCCACUUCCCUGGGGCCGUGUACGCGAGCCAGUCCCUCAAGUUCUCGGCGCCGGUGUACGUCGGCGACGAGGUGGUCGCGCAGGUGCAGGCGCUCCAAAUCAAGGCCGCCGGCGCAAGGCACAUCGUCAAGUUCGCCACCAAGUGCUUCACGGACGAUGAAGAGACACUCGCCAUUGACGGCGAGGCCAUAGCUUUUCUGCCCACACUGAAGCUCUGCACAGAGGCAAUCGAGUGACAAGUAUGUUGAUUAUACGUUACUGAAGAACAUGCUACGAUCGAUCAAUUUUGUAUAGAGCUACUCUUAUCUCACGAUAAACCAUCUCGUCUUCAUAUAAGCUUUGGGGGUGUGAUUGCAAUUUUGUUGCUAAAUACAGUAGUAGUACUAUCUGUUAGGCGACAGACUUGGUCAGCUCAGGAGCUUCCCACUCUCCUGCCCACGAUCACCAUGAUCCCCACGUAUGGGGCUGGCUACGGCCGAUAUAUGUACCCCUUGUACCUCUCUGAAUCCAAUGAGAAAUAGACUGCAUCAGUUUUAA